AUGGUCUCUCAAAGUAUAUUUGGUGGUCGACGUUUCAUCGCGGCUCCAGCUACCCGAGAGUAUCCGCAACUUCCUACGAUCAGCAUUCGUGAACUAAACCAUUUCUUCUUCAUUCUCGCCGAGCCCAGCUCGAAGAAAACUGAAAGUAAGUUCUGGUUAACCCCUGGUGAAUACCAAAUUCGUGACGGGGAUGUCACUGGUAAGUUUGAGUUUCAAGCGACUGGAAAGACAGAGGCAAUACUCACUUUCAAAUUCGGCGGCCCAGAUUUCGCCGUUCCUCCACUUAUGGGAGUUGCUGUAAAUGAGCUAGAAUGGGUAAGCGAGAGUGAUUCGGCACAUUUGCAGUCUGCUGUCGCGUCUUCUGAAAGCUUGUGCCUCAAGCCAAAGAAGACCGAAGAUGGCGACUUUAUCUUCGAGACUGGACGAGGAUUCAUUCCAAACCCCCCCCAGUAUGAACUUUACAGAGUUGAACCCGCUCACCUUAGAACACUACACUCAUGGAGCUUUACUACUUCGUACGAGAGGAGACAUGGUAUUCGGGAUGUGUGCUCCCGUACGCAUGUAUAUUCUACAUGUCAGUGGGCUUGAAGGAUUCGAGCACGUUAGGGAUCCCUCUCCAAUAUCUGAUAUAUAA